AAAGAGUUAGUCCAAAUGUACUGGAAGAAAGUGCUGUGUCGGAUGAUGUGCUCAGCCCCGAACGAGAAGGAGGCUGUCUUGGGUCACAUUUCACUGAAGCGGGGCUACUAGGGCUCCUGGAACAGGCUGCCAGUAGUUUCAACGCUGCAGCCAUGUAUGAACCGAUGAACGAUAUUUAUAGGGUACUGAUACCCAUUGCCGAGAAUAACAGAGACUUCAAAAAAUUAGCAAAUAUUCAUGGUAAACUUCACGAUGCCUACACCCGAAUCGAUCAGCUGUCAGGAAAAAGGAUGUUUGGCACUUAUUUCAGAGUAGGGUUUUACGGAUCCAAGUUCGGAGAUCUGGACAGAGAAGAGUUCAUCUAUAAAGAACCAACACUCACAAAAUUACCAGAAAUUUUCAGUCGAUUGGAGAACUUUUAUUCUGAACGAUUUGGCGCUGAAAAUGUUAUAAUCAUAAAAGACUCCAACAUUGUUGACCUGAGUUCUCUGGAUCCUGAGAAAGCAUACAUACAAAUAACUUAUGUAGAGCCUUACUUCGAGCAGUACGAGUUGAGAUAUAGACAAACUCACUUUGAUCGAAAUUUCAACAUAAAACGAUUCGUGUAUGCAACUCCAUUCACCAUGACUGGAAGAGCUCACGGAGAACUACGUGAACAGUAUAAAAGAAAAACAGUUUUAACAACGGCUGUUCAUUUUCCAUAUGUGAAAACGAGGAUUCAAGUUGUAUCUCGAAGUCAAAUUACUCUCACUCCGAUUGAGGUUGCAAUUGAAGACAUUCAAAAGAAAACGACAGAAUUAGCAAAUGCCACUCACCAGGAACCUCCUGAUCCAAAAAUCCUUCAGAUGGUGCUACAGGGUUGUAUCGGUACAACCGUCAAUCAAGGACCCUUGGAAAUGGCCGUUACUUUUUUGCCAGCUGAUGGCAAACCCCUCACCAAACAUCAGAAUAAGUUGCGGUUGUGUUUUAAGGAUUUUUCCAAAAAGUAAGUUUAAUGUCAUUGG